AUGUCAUUACAGAAACAAGAGAAAAGGCCGGAUGGUCUUUCCACGUACCUGAAGCGCUUCGAAACUGCUUUUCUGACGCGCCCCGCUUCCAAGCGCCCGCCUUCGAUCGCGGAUUCCACGACUACUUCAAAUCUACCUUCCAACCGACCAGUUCCAACCCUCACAAGUACAGCGGAACCAAACCCGCUCAGCGCCGAGGAACCUAUAGAUGUCGACCGCAUCAUCGCACAGCGUGAGAGAGCACGAGCUCUUUUGGCCCGAUACGGGUUACAUCUCGGACCUGAAGAGGUCAACCCCUCGUCUGACAUUCAGUUCCCCCGAGUAAACAGGACCAUUCGUAUUCGAGUGCGACGGACCUGCCACCGGUGUGAAACUGCUUUCGGCCCCAACACGGUGUGCAUCAAUUGCCAACAUCCGAGGUGCAAAAGCUGUCCAAUUUCUCCUGUCAACAAUGAACACGAUGACAAGUGUGCCUACGUGAGCCAUGCAAAAGUAUUCGAACUCUGUGCCCGACGGCCCGGCACACUGCCAAUGACUCCGCAUCUCAAGUUUACCGGGAACCCAGCCGCACCGCUGACGAUGCAGUCACGCAUCGGGGGACCAGACCAUCUUCGAAAGCCAGUGGUUCAGCGCGUGCGACGCAUGUGCCACUCCUGUGACACCAUGUUCGAGCCUGGCUCAAAGGAGUGCGGUUCUUGCGCUCAUGUGCGCUGCAAAAAGUGUCCACGCAGUCCGCAUCGCCCCGAGAAAUACCCCAACGGUUAUCCAGGAGACGUGGAGCCUCCGACUCGCAAGCCCGAGCGGACAUUCAGAAAACCGCGACAGAGAGUCCACUGCAUCUGCCAUGUGUGUCAUGCUACCUUCAAUGACGGCGCGAGUACCUGUGGCAAAUGUGGCCAGGCAAAGUGUGCGGAAACUGUCCGAAAUCCACCGAAGAAAGUCAAGACAGAGCCUGACUCCACGAUCUUAAGAAGGGUGGAAGACAGAAUCACGUUGCUGGCGGACAUUGGCACAUGA